ACGUAAAUGAAUUAUUAAUAAUGCUUUCAUGUACAAAGACUUUUGUAACAACCUUGUAGAGAAUCAAAUCAAAAUUUGCCAAAAAAAUAAUUUUAAUCAGCUAAUAUUUUUUUCUCUGCAAUGAAUAUAACACUGCCUUAUAUGAAACAGGAAUAUUCUUUAAUUUGAUUUUCGAGGAAUUUUAACUAAAAACAAUGUUAUUUUUUUAUACACUUUUUUUAAAAUUCAAUGCGGCCUUAGCGAAAGGUUUCCCAUAUUUCCAUUGAAACAGGAAAACAGAUUUUCUUCGAAUUUCAUCUGGUUAAACGCAUUCGUACCCUCCUACGUACAAUCAGGCCCUUUAUCGCAUUGUCCCUUCUAUCUCGUGUUAGGCUUUGAGUUUAUUCCCACCAUUCGAAAGAGGAUAACCAGCUGAGCCCUUAGCUUUCUCCUCAAGCUUUUGAAGAGCCCUUGCUAUUUAGGACACGAUAAUUGGGCACAAUGAUAGAACCCUCUCGGCGUUCUUAGUCCAUUACAUCUUCAUUGAAUUUAGAAUGUAAUUGCAAAGCUUGAGUAACGAACCGUAUAACAAAAGAUUGUUAAUUAAUUGGAUUGUUUAAAAUUCGUAUGAAUGUGUAAUGGAUUGAUUUAGCCCAAAGAUUCUGUCGGUGCUGAAAAGUGAUUGUUUUUCAGGUAAGCGCCGCACGUACUAGGCAACUUAAGGACCAAAUAAAAAUAAACGUACUCUUUUACAUACUUUAUAUUCAUCGCUAUCGACACGGCCUACUCUACGCUUCUUGUGUCCACAUAUCAUUCGCGUUAAAUGUAAAAAAAAACUGAGAAAAAAUGAUACAUUUAUUACUAUAAGAUAUUUAAAAUAAAAAGCAUAUAUAUUUUUAAAAAUAUGCGUAUGGAAAUGGAGAAGAAAGUUGACUUUUGUAUAGGACAAUACGCUCGCUAUUAAUGUCAAUUAUUAUGAAAUCGCUUCAACGCUUAUAUUCGUGGUCCAUUUUAUAGUAAAUACGAGAUAUAAAAACAUAAAAUAAUUUUACAACAAAUUUACUUACACAAAAGUUUAAAGAAAAAGAACGAAUAUUUUUGACAAAAGGGAAAGGAAAGAUUCCUCGACAGACUUAAAAUCCUGAGCAUCUGUUGAUAAGAGAUGAGGGAUAUUAUGGGAUGGAUGAUACGAGAGUCGACGGAAUGGAGUGUCUAGCAUGCAGGCGGCUCUGUAUAUACGAGAAAAACAAAAGCAGAGACAGAAGAAGUACCGGAGAGGAAGAUUCGAACUUCCAAGCCAUGUGGCCACCAAGGAGAUCGCACCUUUUCCAGUCUACCCUCCGACCCAAUGGGGAAAAGCUGCAGCAGCCUGGGCAGAAAGAGAUAGACGAGCAUCAGAAGCAGCGGUUAGCCACAGGGCAAGACAUCAUGACCCACAUAGAAGAUGGAUAUCAAGAAAUAGAAUUCAUGAUUCUUCAUAUGGGGGAAGUAGCUCUGAGGAGGAAGAAGGACCAGGUUUGUAUGGACAUCAAAGCGCUGCAGCAAACGCUCUCCUUUAUGUUGGUUUGGGGACAGUUGCAAUCGGCCUGGUCAUAGCCUUCGUUGGUACUGGUGAAAAAGGUUUUAAAACAUUAGAACUAAGGCUUAUUGGGCCAACACUGAUAGCUGGUGGCCUUUUGUGCUGUCUCCUUCGUAUAUUACUCUGCGUCUGUCCUACAAGAUGUUUGAAGCGUAAAUUCAGACAACGUAGGAAAAAGCGACAUAUAUCCGCUGAGUUAAAUAGACAUUUUGAUAAAAACGAUUAUUACCGACACUUGCCUUUCAAUGCAAGAACCGCUGAAGAUUUCAUGCUCAUGGAGCAGACCAAUAAGAAGACAAAGAAGAGAGUCUCAAUUCUACCGGCUGUGGCAUCAACGUCCGAAAGAAGGGAAAUACCAAAGAUAAUGUUGCCCAAUAUUGAACAGUCUCCAGCAAAAGAAGGAAAUCUCAUCGAAUUGAAGCCCAUACAGGGAGGGAGCUUUGAAGACCUUCCAAGUAUUAGCAGUGAUGACAGUUUCAACUUAGAUCAGAGCCUUGCACUUUUUGACAGCAAAGGAGGAGCUAAUUCAACCGAACGAUUAGCUCGACUCAAAUCAACACUUACCUUUGGUGAUUCUCUUGAUGCAGGGGACUUCAACACGAGAGAUCAUGUUGUUUCACGAAUAGAUGAGGAAGACUCUGAACAUAUGGACUUUUAUUCUAAUCAAGGUAAUUUGAAUUCACCACUACUAUUUCAACAUCAAAACGACAGUGAGCAAGAAGCAAAAGAACUUGUACUAAGUCCUUCUAAUCUUCAAAAUGAUUAAUUUCAGGUUAUGUCAAUACAUUUGGACAGAAAUUUAAUUAAUUAUUUAUAUUUUAAAUUUAUAUUUUUUAAUUCUAUUUAAAACUGAACAUAAAUGAAAGUUUAGUCUUCCAUAUUUUAUGUGUACAUCUUCCAAAAUAUUUUAAAUUACUUAUUAAGUUAACGCCUUUCAAAACAUUUUAUAAGAAAUCACCCACGUCCAAAUGAAUUGUUUAAACAAUAAAAUAAGUCAGACAAAUAUGGAAAAUGCAGUUGAUACAAUUGUGAAUAAUACAUUACUGAAAUGUUUAGUACUCAUUGAAGCAAAUGGAAAAAUUACAUCAAUCUUUAUUUUGAGUAAUAUAUUUUUGUAUGAAAAAAUUCCCAAUUUCUUAUCAUUUUCUUUUGUUUAAUCGCCUGUCGCCAUUUUCAUUUUCAUCUAGCCUUGGGUAAUUAUUAAUAUAACAUAAUUUCAGUUAGAUAUUUUGUUUGCACUUUUAAAAAUCAUGGUUUUUUCCUAAAUGCUUAGGGUGUGAACAGUAUAUAUUUUUAUAAUCAUUCAUAUUAGCUAAACAUUUGACAAUUGUUCACUUUCAUUUUUAAACAGACAAAUUAAAAAUCACUCGCAAUUUUAAAAAAAU